UGGAUGACAAAGAUGAUGAUGAUGAGUCGAAGGUAGAACUUGAUUCCCUUGGUUCGUUUUGUGUACAUCUUAUUGACAAUGACUAUUAUCAGGAUGAAGCGUAUGCCAGCCGUGCAGAUGAUGCAGAGGUAAUUAUUAUUUUCUCCGGCUCAGAACCUCUGCCAACACAGGAAACCCGACAAGGAAGCUAGAAAGUAAGAUUUUCUCACCCUUUAGCUCAUUUGGAUCCCGACUUUCUUUUGAAGAAGCAGCAACAUGAAGCUCGCCAUACAACCUGGAACAGUCGUGGUGGAGUUUUAUCCUCUGGCUUACCGAACACCCCAGCACCUCGCAAACGUCGACCGGAGGGAGCAUCUCACUCUUCCUCUGGCGACUCAACGGGAACUCAAAUCCCAACUUUCAAGACUGUGAAUGGGCCAAACCCAGCAAAAAGGCGAAACUGAAUAAGCCGGCCAAUGACUCCAACCCGUCUGAGCCGGAAAACAACAACCAGAAUCCUCUCAUCCAAUUGUAGAAGCCACCAUCGAUGACCCGCCAUCAGAAGACCAUGAAAUAUCCAUAGACCAUAUGGAUAUUGAGCCGGCCAUUUCUAAGCCGCCAAGCCCAGCUAAGCCCGCUGAAGAUAAGACUGACGACGUCGUCGUCACCGGGUUUGGUUACACAACACCGGACAACCCCACUGUCUUAUCCAAGCACAGCGCCAAGGAAGAAAAAUCUGCUGAUGAUAAAGGCAAGUGGAAGGUAGACUUAGAGAGCUAUGCCCAGUUCAGUGCACAAGACACCCACUCUGGUUAUUUGAACCAUCUAUACACCAGCCGUGAUUUUGAAGCCGGCUUAGUCAAUUUGAUGAAGGAACGCUAUGAGGCUAAACUGACUGAGAAAAAUGCACAGCUGAAUGAUCUGAAGGCCAACAUUAAAACUCAGCAAUCUGAGACAUCCAAGGCCAAAUCAGAACUGAAGACUGCUUUAGAAAAAAUUGAGCAGCUGAAACAAAACUUCAACACUGACAAAGAUGGCUGGGAGACCAAAAAGGUAGCUCUAUUGAAGAGAGCAGAGGAUGCUGAAGCCACACUUAAACCGGUGACUGACGAGUUGUCCAGUUUAAGACAGUAGAUCAAUAACAUGCCGUCAGCCAUCUUCGGUUCUCAGAGCGCUAAGUUUGGCUCAGAUAUGCGCAUCCGGCUUAAAGUUGUCUACACCCUUGUAGAACAGUUACACACUGGCACCCAAUGUACAAUUGCUGCUACUAUGCACAAGAAAUCUGCACCCACUCUCAUCAAAGAUACACUGGAGAGGCUAUCAGUGCUGCCCCAAAGGAUUGAUGAUUUAAAGUGAGCCUCUGCUAGAGCUGGCGCACUGACUGCCUUAAGUCGGGCAAAGGCAUGGCAAGCAGAUCUGGAUCCAGAAGAUUUGGCCAAUGGUUGCCCCAGUGUCAAAGAGGAUGGACCUGCCUUCAGUGCUAAUGACUUUGCAGAAAUAGCAAGAGCAAUGCGUCCAUUAGCAAGUAAGUUGGCUGAAGAAACCAAUCUAUCCACAUACCAAGCGGCUUAUGGCUCUGAGAACAAGAAAGUGAAGGCGCCGGUUCAUCAGGAGACGAAUCUCAUCCCGCCCAUUCGUAAGCAUACCUUCGCUCCUGAUAUUGAUCCAUUAUUGAUGAUGAAGCUAUGUUUAGAGCGUUGACCAGUAUCAACUGGGCUACACCUGACUUUGAUGGAUAAUCAAGGAGCUGAAGAAGAAGAAGAAGCGCAGGAUGAUUCGGAGGCUUCAACCCGCCAGGAGUCAUGAGCCGUUUUAUUAAUCAUAGCACUUUAUUGUUGACGUCUCAAAAACACUUAUCCUCUUUGGGCCAUCGAAUGCCUUAUAAUAAGGCUGUUUAAACUUUGAUCUACCGUGCCAUCAUGCACGUGUUUGUUUGCAUAACAUUGCUGAUCCGUCAGUUGAAGAUCUACCACUUAUGCUCA